AUGAGCGAAUUCCAUCUCUUCCCAAGGCUACCAUCCGAACUGCGCCAGCUCAUAUGGGCAGUCUGCGUCGCCAAUAAACUUCGCAUUGUCGACCUCAACGCCGACUUUAGCGACAGACACGUGAAACCAGGCCCCAACGACUACAGCAUAGACAAGAACAACUCGUUCUUGCUCGACCCCGGAGAGCACGGCUUCAAGAACUUCAAAGCGACGCUCAUAGCCCGCGACGAUCCCGCGCACGCCUGCCGCGAGGCCUACCAGACACGCCAGCUCCUCUUCCACAACAUUUCAAACGUAUCCAACAUUGGGUCAUGGUUCCCAUUCAGUACGGGCACUCUCCAGUGCAGCGCUUCUGUCCUUAUCUGGUUCUCGCAGAAGCCGUGGUUCGCUAAAAUCAGACACUUUGUCGCAGAGUACAGCGUGGACAGGUCCUACAACUUUCGCAACUACGGCCUUGACUAUAUGCGGAUCACCACCGAGGAGCUGUUUACUCAGUUGCCGAAUCUGGAGACAAUCACAUUUCAGAUGACAUUUGGCUUGAUGUAUGCCGACAUCCGCCGCGGCUCGUCUCAUAAGCACUGGCUGACGCUCUGGUUCGUCAUGUUUGAAGACUGGUAUAACCCGCCCGAGGGAGUCGCCAAGGCCACGUUCCGAGCAGAGGUGAAAUGUGUCUACCAUGCUCCGAAAGAGGAGUGGCUGACACCGGAAAAUUAUACGCAAGUCCGCGAGGCGAUGCAGCGGCAGUGGGAGGAGCUGUCCGAGGCCGACAAGGAGAAACACAUGGAGCCCAAGACAACCGCCAGAUCAUAG